UAAGUUGAAUAAAAACAAAGCCUAAAUUAAAACGACCUGCUAAACGCCUCAACCUGAUUGAGUAAAUUUGAACAAUUGAACAUCCUUAAAGAAUUGGGUUAACGAUUCGGGUCAACUUGGUCAUGUAGCUUCAACCUUCAAAGCCCACUCCAUUUCCUCCUCACGAGCCUAUGCCUAUCUUCUCCCUCUCCUCUUACACUCACACCAUAACCAGAAAAACCCAGAAAACUCCAUAAUCAAAACCUCAAAAAAUGGCUUCAAUCAACUUAGGUCCAUUUGGUGAGCACUUCUUCCACUGGUUCGAAAAACCUCCACACCCAAUUUCAUUCCCCAAUUUUCUCUCUCUAUCAAUCUCCCAAAACCCUCCUAAACCCCUUUUUUCUUCCCUUUCUCUUUCCGACCCAAAGAAACCAAAACCAAAUGAAGAACCCUCAAAACCAGGAAAAUACCAACAAAUGCUCGAACAAUUUUGGUGGGAAUGUGAGAAUUUACCCGAUGUUCGACACACCCCAGAAGUUGAUAACAUUUUGAAUGAAGACCCAGUUUUUGAAACCAAAGAAAACCCAACUCCAGAAGAAAUUGAAGAGAAUAAAAAAUGGUGGGAAGAAUUUAGGAGUAACCCAUUAGUUCAAUUUUUAGCUAGGGCUGAAGAAAUUGCUGAUGCUUAUAAUGAAUUUGAGGUUAAGAGGAAUGAAAAGCCUUAUAGAAGAGAGGAUGCUAAGCUUUGGAAGGAAGUUCCUAAUGUUAUUGGGUUAGAUGGAAGGCCAAUGCCUAGGAAAGCUAUAAAAACUAAAGAUGAAUCGGAUGAUAAGUUUUGGGAUUUUGCUAAGCAGUUCUUUUUUGGUCUCUGGGGUUUCCGGCAGCGCCCGUAUCCGCCGAGUAGACCGAUUGAUGUUGCUCAGGCUGUUGGGUAUAAGCGGCUCGAAAAGCGGUAUUAUGAUUUUAUAAUGAAGACUGGUGGCUGGUUCUACAAGGAUCGAUUGGGUCGUACACGAGGACCAUGUGAGCUGAUUCAACUUAAGACUGCUUGGGGUGCAGGCAUAAUUGAUAAAAAUACUUUCAUUUGGGGAGAGGAUCUGGAUGAGUGGGCACCUAUAGGCAUGAUUUAUGGCUUAGAGCGAGCAAUUGCUACUUGGGAAGUCAAGUUUGGAGCAGCUGCUACAGCAUUUCUCCAUAAGCUUCAGAAAGGAAUGUCUCCUUUGGUUCCAUUAAAGGGGUUUGAAAAGAAAACCUACAAGCAAAUGCAAGAGGAGGCUAUGGAAAGUAAGAAGCGUGAUCUAGCCGUACUCAAAGCUAAUGACGGUUAUUGGCCUGGAGUAAGAACCCCAAGUCAUGCUCUCUUUCUAUGGGCUAGUGGUUCUGAGCUUACAACAAUAUUGGAAGCUGAUCACAUGCCAAACAAAUACAUACCAAAACAUCUAAGGCUGCAAUUGGCUAAAGCCAUCCCUGGUUUAAGGCCCUGGGAGGUAAUAAGUGUAGAACAAGCCAUGGACCAAAUUACAUAUGGCAGAGAAUGGUAUCGUGAGCCUCUUGGCUCCUACACAACUGGUCCUCCAUAUAUAAGGCGUUGGAACAGAGAUGUUAAGAGGAUUUUCAAGGUAUUCGAGGACCUGAGUUUCCAGGUAUACAAAAAACUAAAUCGUACAAUACCUGGUUUUGAAGAAGUCAUGAAGAAAGUUGCAGAAGAUGCUACUGCAAGAGAAGAAAACAGGAAGCAAAGGAGAAAAGCAGAGAAGGAAGCUGAGACGGAAGCAUACAUUGAGCGAUAUAAACGUAAUAACCCUUAACAGAUCAUAUCAAAUCAAUACUAGCUUAAUUUUGAAUUUGGCUGAAGAUGAUAAAUUUUUUUGCUUUAGCUGCUGCUGAGAACGGUGGUCUCUUUCGUAGGAAAGGGUUCUUUGAUCAAAUCUUCCUGUACGUAGUGUUGUAAUCAUCUCUUUCCCUCAUUGUAUAUCAUACUUUACUAUUUAAUUUUAUCAUUUGGUCCAUCGCGAUUUCUGCUAUUAUUUAGACAGGUUUGCAGCACAACUUACAUCUGCAAUGGCCAAUACAUGAUUCCAUGUUCAUUUUUUUCAACUUUGUCCAUUGUUUUCCAUAAUAAAAGGAUGUUAUUAAGCAA